AUGUCCUCACGCACCUCCAGUUCUUCUCCGGACAUUCUUGGGCCACCUGGCGACGCCGAUUAUUUGAUCUCCUCCCCAUUUGUCCCCUUCUCCGGUCGCCAAAGCUUCAUGUCGCCCGCCAACUUCCGCCUCCUGCAAAGUCCGCGGACAGCGAAGGGCAAAAGGCGGUCGCGUGUGAGUUUGAGCCCUUCGAAAAACGCCCACUCCAUAAAGUUCAAUGACGUUGUGCUACCUGCCUCCCCGACGACGAAACUGAACGGCCAGCGCGGUGGAAUGUCUCCCGAUAAGGGUCCGGCCGACGGGAAUGUCAGUCCGUGGAGGAUCCGGGUAACGCUCGAAGCGACACAAGAUGAAGAAACGAACCAAGGCAGCCCUUCGCGAAAACGGUUGAAGCCAUCAACGACAACGAUGAAAGUACCCCUCAAAGACGAUACAGAACAGACUCCACGCAGACGCAGAGGUCGCCCAAGGAAGUCGGACAUUUGGUUGCAGGAUGCGACUCCUCGCGGAGGUAGUCCAGGACAUACCCCGGGUCCAGGAAAUACACCAGGCCCUGGACAUACCCCGGGCCCAGGGCAUACUCCGGGUCCUGGGGGGACAGGUCAGAAGAGAAAGCGAGGCCGGCCGAGGAAAAGCGCACCGGCGCUCGAUGUGGUAGAACCAAGCGAACAGCAGGUGGAGAACCAAGAGAUUGAACAAGAGGCGCCGAUAGAGCCCGAGCAGAGAUGGAGUCCGUUGAAUUUGGCAGCAGACCCGGGAUCCGACGAUGACAUUGGGGGGGAUCAAGGACUCGAAUUCAAUGACGAUUUUGGUUAUGGCGACCGAUUGGAACUACCUGAUUCCGCUGUCCGCGAUGAGACUGGUCCCCGGGUGACAUUUGAGCAAACUUUUGACACUCCAAAUGUUGACCAUGUCGACCAAGGAUUUACGGAGAACGACGAGUAUAACCUACAUUCAACACCUUCCAAAAUGCCAUCCCCAACCCGCGAUACCUCGAUUAUCUCGCCAGCGAACACAUUGCAUGCCGGCCGCACCCCGAGACCUUCACGCCUUUACCCCACACCAACCUCAUCAUCUGCAGCGGAAGAAGAUAAGACAGAGCAGGCUCAGAAAACUAGUGCUACCUAUGAUAAGGAUCACCUUGAGAGCGGGGCACGCCCCAGCGCAGAUCCGACCGAGGAACACAGGGAAUUUGACUCUAUAAUGGAAAGUGAAGGGUUCAGCAUGGUCUCGCUGGAUACAUUGCCAUCUGCUAAACAACAUGAGAUCAAGAGCGCGAGCCACUCCCACGCCGCCAAGAGUUCUCUAAAGCCUUUCUUAGAACGGGAAUCAAAUGGCGUCUUGAAGCGAAGAGCCUCGGCGGUCCAGAAUCAACAAGAGGACAAUCUUGUUCGGAAGCCCCGGUCGGACUCUAAGCAGCGGAAACAGUCACCAGCCCAGCUGUUCCGCCAGUCAAGCGAGGCCAAUGCCCACUUAGACCGUCCAUCAUCCCAAGACAGGCUCGAACCUUCCAGAGUCAUGCCCGGAUCGACGGCGAUAUCAUCUGAGUCGACUUUUACUGGACAAAAGCGGGGGCUGUUGACUAGGUUCGUCAGGAUAGUUCGUGCAGGCUUAGCUCUCGAAGGGCCUCUUAGAAACUCAGAAGAGAAGCAAUCUUCGUACCAGUCAAACUCAGGAAGGCUUGGCUUCUCGGGUGAUCCAGAUUCUAUGCUGGAUACGUCUAGGAAAAGGCUGGAACAUGUUUUUGGUGACUUGACCCCACGAGUACAACAAGAGCUGCAGGCAGGCUUGGCAUUUGGGCAGGAACUCGCGAAGAGGCGGAUCGAGAGAGAAAUGGAACAACGCAGACAAAUGGAGUUGGAGACUGCAAGAAACACUGUUCGGGAGACCAGGGAAUGGAGUGGCUCCAGUUCACCACAGCAAACACCGCCUAAGGCUACCGACUAUGGCACACCGGGCACGUUUAUGAAACGGCGGAUGGAAGAAUGGCAACGGGAAAGGGAAGCUAUCAGUCGAGAGAUCCAGAUGGCAAACUCUAGCCAGGUUAUCGUCAUUGACAGCGACGAUAAUGAUCAGUCGAAUAUACAAGAUGGCAUGUAUGAAGACGGCGAUGAGCUAGAGUACGCGGCGGAACCCGUUCAAGACGAUCAAGAUGACGACGCCCACGUAGAGGCCGAGCGCCUAGAUGGGGAAGACGAGGAUGAUGGCUACGAAGAUAUUUGGCAGCAAGAAGCUCGCAGUCAAGGCAACCAAUCAGAUCACUCUUCACUACUUGAGGAUGACCAGGAUGGUGAGCACCUUAGGCAGGAUGGGUCUAGCCCGUGGAAGAGUGGCUGGACUCCUGCUCGGAAUCAGAAUGGCAAGAUCUUAUCGCCGGCUCAUUGGACAAACGAGCGGGAGACUGUGCCAUUCUUGGGCCGGUCGAGGGUCAAGCAGUUACAGGAGCAAGAAGUUGAUUUGACGGCUCUGUACCGUGCCCAGGACACACCAAAGCGUCGCCACUACUACUAUGGGAAAAGCAGUCCGCCGAGCAGUGCAAUACGAGGCUCUGUAGGCCGUUCGCCAGCUUCUGUGGUACAAGAGGAGCACUAUGAGCAUGAUUUCAACCAGGAUCAACAGUCAGAGGGCUACGUGGAGUCCAGCCCUCGCCGGGACUCGGAGGAUGAAACAUUCCAGAUCGAUCCCACAACCAGAUUGGAGAUGGCUAGACAACGCCAAGACCCUGGGAUGGAAGUCAACAAGAUUGGGGGGAUGUCAGAUGCCGUUACAUCCGAGAGACAAACUGCUCCAGAGGUGGGAGACAUCACGCCGGCACGUCCACGGCAUGCAAGCCCUGGCAGUCAAGCAUCAUCCUGGUUCCAGAAAAUCACUAAUUUCACGCCUGGUUGGCUCAGAGCACCGAAGUUUGAACAGCAAGGGCGGGGUUUGGAAAACCCUUCGGGCGACGAAGAUGAGGAACCGCCCGCCGUUGAGUCAGCGCAUGAUGGAUAUGAUAAUGAGGAUUACGGCGACGAUGAAGUCAACUGGGGAGACUUAGGGGAAACCCCACGACCUACUCGAUUUGAAGAGCCAGAAGAUGGGAAACAGAGUUUCGCUAGUUCCCAUUCUUUCCAAGCGGACGACGAUGCGCACGCUUCACUGGACGAGAGGGGUGACAGAGAAGAAGUAGCGGAGGGGCGGGCUUCACGAGAGCAAUCGCCCUCUUCCUUUUCCUUGUACUUUUCCGAUGAUCACUAUCGCCUGCUGCAUCGCCUCUAUCGCUCGGCAAAACUGUAUCCUGAACGCUUCCCUUACCAUCCGGCGCCUGGUCGCUCCGAUAUGAUUGGCGACUGGAUCUGGACCUCGGAUGGAGUCUACGGAGUGCCAGUCACAGAGCUUCAGUUUGGCAUAGUUGAUAGAUUCGCGCAGCAGCUAUCCCAAGCUGAUUCACAGGCCGGCGGAACGGGUCAGAUUCCCUGGACGGAGGCUGACGUUCACAGAAGAUUGAUCAGUAUCAUUAUCGGGGAACAGAUCAGACAAGACCAGAGGGAGAGGAGGCUCCACGAGGAUCAACUGAGGGAAGAGUAUCCGCGAAGCAGGGACACAGCAUACGGGACGUGGCGCAUAUGA